CUCUCAGAAUCCUUCCAUAUUGCGUGAAUGGGGUUGUAAAACGCUUCAUUUUUCAUAGAACUUGGCUGAAGAGAGUUCAACCUCAGAAAACCAAUCGUCGAACACAAACGGGACAACCACUAUGUCAACCACUACAGAAAGUUCAACAGAGACAACGGCGACAGUAACAACUGAACAAGGAACUACAACUCCACCACCCUGCGUUACGACACCUGCUGUGAAUGAAUUAAAGGUUUUGGAUACAUCGAGCUUCAGCAUUACGCUAUCAUGGACGGUGCCCAAGGUGUCAUGCGAGAUCCAAAUGUAUCGUAUCAGCUACACCGGCUACAUUCUCUGGGGAAACCAAAGCGAAGUGAACGGCCUGACCGACACAAUAAACUCUACAGAACCUAACGUCAAGUAUACGGUGACGGACCUGCAGCCUUACGCCUAUUAUAAUUUUUCUGUGGUGUUUGUGACUGAAGCUGGCGAAAGCGAGCCUGCGAGUGUAGACGGGAAAACAGAGCAAGCAGCCCCAAGUGAGCCUCGUAAAGUGACGGCAGUAUCGAAUAGCUCUAGAACUAUUCAGGUGUCGUGGACGCCGCCUGAGCAAGAGAACGGCGUGUUGUUGAACUACAGCAUAAGCUGGAUAAAUGAUUUCCAAAACUAUUCUGCGAGCGUAGGAGAUACUGAGUACAACAUCACCUCUCUUGAACCCUGCGUUGAUCAUUUUAUUACCGUGGAAGCUCAAACGUCUGCGGGUUACGGACCUCCUGGAAGCACAACAGCAACCACACAAACCGACGUUCCUCCCGAAGUGACGGAUCUCAUUGAAAAGAAUGUGACGAGCACCAGCAUUACGCUGUCGUGGUCGACGCCCGACACUGAGUGCGACAUCACAGGCUACAACGUCAGCUACUACGGCAAGGUCCUGUGGGGGGACGGCAACUGGAUGAAUGGAUCGAGAUCUGUAAACGGGAGCCAAGAAUAUGUCGAGAUUGACGGUCUCACUCCGUACACACAAUACACGAUCACGGUUUUGGCCUCGACUGAAGCGGGGCCUGGAAAGCCUUCUGAGAAUCUAAACAUUACCAGUGACGAAGCGUAUCCUUCUGAAGUUCGUAACCUGAUGGCAAGCUCUACGAGUCCAACAAAGAUAUUUGUGUCGUGGGUGGUCCCUGAAAAAGAGAAUGGCAUUUUGGGCGACUAUCUGAUAACUUGGGAUGACAGAUCAGGAGAUUAUCAAUCAGCUGAAGUCAACACCAUAAGCUUCCUCAUUGAAGGCCUCAUCCCUUGCGUCCUUUAUAACAUUACCGUCAAGGCUCAAACUGGGGCAGGCUAUGGGGAGGAGAGCUACAUCAACGCUACGACUGAUUCAGAUGGUGACAAUCAUCUCAUUGUGUUCUAAAAUUAAUUCCGAGAAUAUUUCGGGCAAUGUUGCUAAUUCAAGACAUUGUCCGGAAAGGAAAAGGGUGUCAAUUAACAGUGGAAGAA